AUGCCUGGCAAGAUUCGCACCGCUCAGACCGUCUCGUUUGACGUGCCUGCCAGCGAGCAGCCUGGCCUGCAUAACCGCUGGCAUCCAGACAUCCCUAGCAUUGGCUCCAUCGAGCCUGGUGAGACGGUCAAGAUUGAGUGCCUCGACUGGACCGGCGGCCAGAUUGGCAACAACGACAGCGCCAACGACGUGCGCGACGUCGACCUCACUAAAAUCCACUACCUAACCGGCCCCUUUGACAUCGAGGGCGCCGAGCCGGGCGACCUCCUCGUCGUCAACAUCACCGACGUCCAGCCCUUUGACCACACCCCCUGGGGCUUCACCGGCAUCUUCGCCAAGGAGAACGGCGGCGGCUUCCUCGACGAGCACUACCCCAACGCCGCCAAGGCCAUCUGGGACUUUGACGGCAUCUACUGCUCGAGCCGCCACAUCCCCGGUGUGCGCUUCCCGGGGCUAAUCCACCCGGGCAUCCUCGGCUGCGCGCCCUCGCACGAGGUCCUCGCGGAGUGGAACCGCCGCGAGGGUAGCCUCGUCGCGGCCGGCGCCGCCUCCCACCCGGGCAAGAUCCUUGCCCAGCUGCCCAACACGGUCAACGCGCACGCCGGCGGCGCCGACGCGGCGCUCGCGGCGCGCAUCGCCCGCGAGGGCGCCCGCACCAUCCCCGGCCGCCCGGAGCACGGCGGCAACGUGGAUAUCUGCAACAUCUCGCGCGGCUCCAAGACGUACCUGCCCGUGCACGUCGCCGGCGCCAAGUUCUCCGUCGGCGACCUGCACUUUAGCCAGGGCGACGGCGAGAUUAGCUUCUGCGGCGCCAUCGAGAUGGCCGGCAUCAUCAGCAUCCGCUUCAGCCUGAUCAAGGACGGCAUGCGGUCGCGCGCGGUGCCGCACCCCGUCUUCCUGCCCGGCGAGGUCGCGCCGCACUACGGGCCCUCGCGCUACCUAACGUUUGAGGGCUUCUCCGUCGACGAGCACGGCGGGCAGCACUACAUGGACGCCACCGUCGCGUACCGCCAGGCCUGUCUGCGCGCUAUCCAGUACCUGAAGCAGUUUGGCUACUCGGGCGAGCAAAUCUACCUGCUGCUGUCCUGCGCACCCGUCCGCGGCACCAUUGCCGGCAUCGUCGACAUUCCAAACGUGUGCACCACGUUGGGCAUUCCCAUGGAUGUUUUUGAGUUUGACAUCUCCAUCGAGUCGGAGCCCGUCAAGCGCGACUUGGGGGCCUGCGCCCUCACGAGCUGA